AUGUCCUCUCAGUUAAUGCUGGGAAUAGUGGCUGGAGUACAGCGAGGCUCCGUUGAAGACUGCUCUGAUAUCCAAGUUGAUAACCCGAGCGUCAAAGACUUACUUAUUGGGAGUAUUAAUCGGCUUAUGGAGAAGAAAAUGAACGCAGGUGAUAUUCAAAUCGCGAAAACGUUGGAAAUCAGUUGUGGAUCAGAACAAAAGGAAUUUUUCGAAUGGGAAUGCAAAAAAUAUAUGACAACCAAGUCGUUCCAAGAGGGAACCAAGGGCACAUAUGGACAAGUAAUCUGCUGUGACGAACUGAAAUUUUGCUCUGGGCCUUUUUAUACUCAGAUCUGGUUCUUUGCUGUCUGUGGAGGUGUGGCUCUUCUUCUGAUCGGCAUCAUUGGCAUUGUCGUCUUUUUGUUGUGUUGUCGCAAGAAGAGAAUAGGGGGAAGUAGUGGUGGCAGCAUGAUGAAGAAUCUCAAGAAUAGCACAAAGAAGAGCAUGAAAUAA